AUGGGCCAUCUACGGCGGGGACAUGUUUCCAGCAGGCUCCGAUCCGACUGGCAACCCCGAAAAUUGGACGAGGGAAGAGAUGAGAAGAUGGCUAGCAGCACGAAACCUAUUUCCUGGGGAUUCAGACACGAGGGAAGAGUUGCUUGCAAGGGUCAUGGCCAAUAUGAGGGCCCCUAG